UUCGUGCUCGCCGCUCUUCUCAGCCCACCACGUUUAGAACACCCAACACCCGUGCUCUCCUCAGAGCGAUCCCUCUCGCAGCCUCCGCCAAGUACUCUGCCAACACAACUACCAAGAUGGCACCCACAACAGCUCCCACCGUCCCCCAGAGCUCGAAGCUGCACUCAAAAGUGGUCAUCAUCGGUUCAGGACCUGCUGGUCACACCGCUGCCAUCUAUCUCGCGCGUGCCAACCUCAACCCCGUUCUGUUCGAGGGAUUCAUGGCGAAUGGAUUCGCGGCGGGCGGGCAAUUGACGACCACGACGGAUGUCGAGAACUUCCCCGGUUUCCCCUCCGGUAUCCUGGGUCCCGAGCUCAUGGACAAGUUCCGCGCACAAUCCCUCCGGUUCGGCACGAAGAUCAUCACCGAGACCGUGUCAAAAGUCGACCUCUCCGCACGCCCGUUCCGCUACUGGCGCGAGUACCAGGAGGACUCGGAACCCGAGACCGCCGACACCCUUAUCAUCGCAACCGGCGCGUCCGCAAAGCGCCUACACCUCAAGGGCGAGGACAUCUACUGGCAGAGCGGCAUCUCCGCGUGCGCUGUUUGCGACGGCGCCGUCCCCAUCUUCAGGAAUAAGCCGCUCGCGGUUAUCGGCGGUGGUGAUUCUGCGGCAGAAGAGGCGACCUACCUCACAAAGUACGGCUCGCACGUCUACGUGCUCGUGCGCCGCGGCGAGCUGCGCGCGUCGAAGAUCAUGGCGAAGCGCCUGAUCAACCACCCGAAGAUCACGCUGCUGUGGAACACCGUCGCGGUCGAGUGCCAGGGCGACGGCGACCUGCUGAACAACCUGCGGAUCAAGAACGUGCAGACGGGCGAGGAGAAGGACCUGCCCGUGAACGGGCUCUUCUACGCGAUCGGGCACGAGCCCGCGACGCAGCUCGUGCGCAACCAGCUCCAGACGGACCUCGACGGGUACAUCGUGACCGUGCCCGGGACGACGCAGACGAGCGUGAAGGGCGUGUUCGCGGCGGGCGACGUGCAGGACAAGCGCUACCGGCAGGCGAUCACGAGCGCGGGCUCUGGCUGCAUGGCUGCGCUUGAGGCGGAGCGUCUGAUUGCGGAGGAGGAGGAGGGGAUUGAGGAUUAGGCGGACUGUUUGCGUGGGGUAUAUAUCGUCUAGAAGUAUUAUUAGGUGUGCAUUAGAGCCUGUAUAUAUCAUACUGGAAUCACCAUCUUCCGCUACUAUCC